AUGUGUGUUGCAGAGAAUACAGAGACUCAGCAGGGAUUUAAAGACCUCCAACUUCAGCUAGACCUAUCGCCAUGGCUCGACAAAAUAGAAGACAAACAGGAAUUGACAAAGAAAGAAAACUUAAUGGACCUGCUUUAUAAACUCUCCAAAUUUGAAAAUGGAAAUAUCCUCAAAGGAGCCACAGACUCGGAGAAACAGGAGAAGAAUCGACGCGGGCUGGCCAUGACAACUCGCAGAAUGGGCUGCAGAAUCUUCUACUGGAAAUCCUGGACUUCCUGUUAACUUUGUUCUCACUGAAAUGCCAGACAAACCAUGAAAUGGAUAUUUGACUCUUAAGAUGUAGUUUUCUCUUGUCAUACUUCAUUUAUUGCUACUUUAGGUUCCCAUACGACCAUUAAACUGCAUUAUGCCCUAAGAUUAUAAAAGUGCUUUGUGCUGUUCAUGCUCGCGUAAAUGUUAUAAUAUGUUCUAUGUUGAUAGGAUAUCAAAUUACUUUGUAAUUUUCAGAGAACGUUAUGGCAGCUUUAAU